AGACAGAACCAUGUGGUUAGUGUUUAGUUUGGUUAUUUCAACUUUAUCACGUGCAGUUGUCAAAAUAAAAAUUUUCUACGUUUAGUUUAUACUUUAAUGUGUAAUUGAUAUAUAGACUGUACAGUAUUGUAACUAUUUAAAAAACUAGUUGGUUGCAAAUUACAUGACAAAAUGCAGAUGAAGUUAAGUGCGCGGCGCGUAUCUAAAACUAUUGAAGUAAUAGAGGUAGAUGAUUUAGUACUCACAAGAAAAGGAGGAGGUAGUAUAAUUGAUCAACGGCCAGUUUUCUCUAAUGAUGGAGAAUUAUUAUAUAUAGUUUGGAAACAUGUUAUAAGAGCAUAUAGUACACAAACUGGAGACUUUGUAAAAGAAUUAGAAGCUGCAAGUCAUCGGAUAGCAGGAUUAAUUAUACAUCCUGAAAAUCCUAAUUUGAUUAUUGCAUGUACAGAGAAUGCAGAACUAAAUUUCUGGAGUUGUCAAAGUGGCAUUAUCACAAAAAAAUUAAAAUUAAAGUUUCAAGAAGAACCAAAAAUAAAAACUUUUCACAUUGUUAAUUACAAAACUCACAAAGGAAAUGAAUUGAGGCAGGUGCUUAUAACUUAUAUUUCCAAAUGUAAUACAAAAAUUUAUGUAGCUUUAUUUGACUUAGAUCAUGGAGUUUGCACUAAGUCUAUCUGUAUAUCGUAAGCAAAAGCACUCCUGCAUGAUAUAGAUUUACACAUAUUAAAUCCAGCAAGGAACCUUGUUGACAAAUUACACAAGACAGGUAACACAGGUAGGAUACCAACAUGCAUUGCUGGACAUCCAGAGGAAGAAUGUGUUGCUACAGGAGAUUCAACUGGUCGUGUAGUAAUAUGGAGGAGUUUGUUUCUAACAAGACCUUAUACAGCUGUUUAUCACUGGCAUACACUACCUGUCACAGAAAUAGCAUUCAGCAAAGCAGGUGGUCACAUGUAUACAGGAGGUGGAGAAUGUGUAUUAGUAAAAUGGGCUUUGGCAAAUCCACAUAAUAAAUCAUUCCUGCCUCGGUUACCUGCUCCUAUUAAACAUCUUAUUAUAGCUCCAGAUAAUUUAUAUGUAGCUGUAUCUACUUUGGAUAAUGGCAUUGUAGUUGUAAAUCCACAAAGGAAAUUAACAUCUGUAAUACAAAAUUUCACAUGGGGUGUGACUCUAUCUUCUAAAGACUUAUUUCCCGCUGGCCUUAUUGUUGAUCCACGUACAAGUUGUCUAGUUUUAAACAGCCGCAUGGGACACGUUCAAUUUUACAAUACCCAUACGAAAAGUUUAUUAUAUAAUAUAAGUAUAACAGCGCAGAAUUUUUUAACUCAAGAACGUAGUAUAGUUAUUGUGAAUACGGAAGUUACAAAGAUAGCAUUAAAUCACGAUGGUACGUGGAUGGCAACUGUUGAAGAACGAAACGAUAAUGUGUCUUGCAUAGAAGUACGGCUAAAGUUUUGGAUGUUUGACACCCAACAACAAUUGUUCAUAUUAAACACAUCGAUUGAGCUUCCUCACGAGGGUGGUGUUAAUGCUUUGCAUUUUCAACCCUGUAUGAUAUUCGACGAAGGCGGAGCAAUGGUAGUUACAACUGGCAGAGAUAAAAAGUUCAAGUUAUGGCACCUUGUAGAAUCUUCAUCUAUGUACAAGAAAACAAAACAUUGGCAAUGUCAUAGUAUAGCAGAUUAUAGAAAUCUGCCUGUUACGGAUGCUGGCUUCUCGAUAGAUGGUUCAUUAGUUGGUAUUGGUUUUGAUUCUAGCGUAACAAUGUGGACGCCCGAUACCUGUACGUUUAAAUGUAGUCUUACUCACAGUCAAUAUCAGUAUCCAGUGAAACGAAUCGAGUUUGGAAAACAAGAAGCCUGCCAUCUUGUUGUAGCAGCUUCCUCGCAACACAUUGCGGUGUGGAACAUCCUAUCUCUUACUCUAGUGUGGAGUGUGCCUUUAAAAGUAGCAACUCUCACGGCAGAUCCAAAAUCCAUAUACAUGGCCGUUUUUACAACCAAUAAUUCAUUAUAUAUAUUUACACCGCAAAAAUCGACAGUCAUCUAUUCGAGAAGAAAUGUUAUCGAAACUAAUAGUUCUAUCUUAGGAGCUGCCUUUGUACCUCAUUUACGGCAGAAACGAGAUUCUUCUUAUGGACAAUGGCAACGGAAGUCACAGCUUUUCUUUUUAGAUUCUAAUCAAGAAUUACUAACACUGGAACCAGAGUCUGAGGUAACGGUCUUCCUUGAAACUUUGUCUACAAAGGCGUCCAUGCCCAUGACUGUCUUUGGCAAUUUAAUGGCAUCCAAAACUACCACAGACAAGGAAUCGACUACUCCGUUUAUACAUGAACAACUGGGGAUAUCAGGCAAAGGAAUGGUGGAAGAACUCCUCAGUGUCUCAUCUCACACUUUGCCACCUAUGAAGAUGCUCUGUGCAUCUUUUAUUACAUCUUUACUGACUACAUCUGUAUCUAAAAGUCAAUCAACAGAUGACAAGAACGAAAGAGAUGAUCCUAUUACGAUUGAUGAGGAAUCAGGUGACGAGAGCGAGGAAGAACUAUCAGGACCAAGAAAACGCGAAAAUCCACCUAUAAUUGAAAACGACGAUACAGACGAAAAGAAAGUACAACUUGUUGACCACAAUUGGUCUUUUCUGUCGACGAUACUACCAGAUCAAGAAAACUCUGAACAUUCUGAACGUUGAUAAAUAAAAAAAUAGAUA